GGCCAAAACCACACGGCCGUGUGGAUUUCCAGGCUCCCCGUGUGAGCUCCCUGGACUUUCCACACGGCCACAAGGGUUCGCUUGCACGACCAGUGUGGCUUGCCCGCGCAAUUUGGUGUCACACGUCCAUGUGGGUUUUUAGGCGUGCCCGUGUGGCUACCUCGGCUUCUCGCCAAACGUCCAAUCUUCGUCCAAUCGACCCCGAACUAGUUCCCAAACCUUCAUUCACGUACUAGGAUCUGAAAUAUCACAAACAAGAACAACCUAGCGUGAAAUCGGCCUAAAACACGAGAAAUAAGACUCAAACGGUGUACGAAUGGUGGGCAAAAACAUGUGUAUAUAUCAAGUCCUCAACACUCGAAGAUGGGAAGAAGAAGAUCGCAAUGGAGUGCGCAACUUCAUGGGAGCAUAAAUCUCGAGAGCGAGCCAUGGUCAUCCUUAGUUUGGAGGAAUGCGCAACGAGACCUUGCAAGCAAUGAAGCUAAGGCAAGGGAGGCGUCUGCCAAAGAGUCACGACAAAGGCGUCGUGGAUUGGGUGGAGUAGAAUGUCACCAACGAGGCUCUAGAGUCGAGAGAGGCUGCUCGAGAUCGAUGGAGGCGUUUCGUAGCAAGGACGCGACGAGGGCAUCGCGAGAAUAGGUGGGGGAGAAUGUCACGCGUGGCGGACAACGUGGCGAAUGAUGUGGCGGAUCAUGGCCAAGUCAAGCAUGUGUGGCAUUAAGGAAGCAAAGAGAGUGGAUGAAGGCUAUCAACUCAAGGGCCACAAGAACUCACGGAGUAGCACGCCAGGUGCCACUCAAGCUUGGAGGACUCAAGGUUGGAGGAUGGAGCGGGGUGGCGGAAUUUGAGGUUGUGUCGUUGGAUGACUACAGGUCAUUAUUGGCAUGGAGUUCAUGGUGCGGGAGAAAACUUUCCCGAUCCCCUACGCCAAUAGAUUCUGCAUCAAUGGCAGAGUAAGAUCGGUUCCCAUGACAAGAGAGCAACCCAUGUAAAACUAGGGGGUGUUUGGCAAGGAGAGGGGUAACAAGAUACAAGGAGGAGCCAUCCUCGAUAUGCCAUGAGAAGCGCCACCGUGAUCAAGAAGGUGGGACACUCGAAGAUGCGACGGAGAAGAUCACAAAGCAGUGCGCAACUUUAUGGGAGCACAAAGCUCGAGAGCGAGCCAGGGCCAUCCUUAGUUUGGAGGAAGGCGCAACGAGACCUUGCAAGCAAUGAAGCUAAGGCAAGGGAGGCGUCUGUCAAAGAGCCACGACGAAGGCGUCGUGGAUUGGGUGGAGGAGAAUGUCACCAACGAGGCUCAAGAGUCGAGAGAGGCUGCUCGAGAUCAAUGGAGGCAUUUCGUAGCAAGGACGCGACGAGGGCGUCGCGAGAAUAGGUGGGGAAGAAUACCAUGUGUGGCGGACAACAUGGCGAGUGAUGUUGCGGAUCAUGACCAAGUCAAGCAUGUGUGGCAUUAAGGAAGACCUAGUAGCAUAGGAUGCUCCUAGGAUUCCCCAUCUUGCCCAUUUUGAAGAUGAGCUUAAUGGUACACAUAAAGAGCCACAUUAUGAGGUGGUAUAAUAGUGUGCAUUAUGGGGGAAACGUAAUAGGGUGUGUUAAUGGGGGAGAACUAGGAGUGAGAAAUGGGACGGGAUGGGAAACCCGUCCCGUUUGAAACGGGUACCCGAUCCCGUUUGGAGACCAAGGUCCAUCCCAUGUCCCAAACCCAUAAGCGUUAACGGGUACCCGUUAUACUCGUUUAUACCCAUUUGUACCUGAAAAAAAUAACAACAAUAAUUUCGGGCACAAUAAAUCUCAUGGAAAAAAAAACCACUGCCCACAAAAUGAAAAGAAAAAGAACCCUACUGUCCCAGCCGAAGCUACUGCCCAUAAAAUGAAAAGUGCCCACAAAAUGAAAUGAAAAAUAACCCUGUUG